CGGGCGGGAGGAGGCGGAGCCCUCCGGAGCCCCGGCGAUAAAGACGCGCAGGCCGGGCCGCUCUCCCGGCGGGGAGCAGCGCUGCAGCCGGACGCAGGGUGCAGUUAGGCCUCUCAGCUUGCUUGGCUACAGCAGGUGCUUUGAGUCGUCAAGGUGAUAAGAAAGCAAAGCCCCAGGCUCUUGACACUACUGGCCUUCAGAAUCCAUAGACGGUCACCAUGGGAAGCAAAGGAGGGUUCAUUUUGCUCUGGCUCCUGUCCAUCCUGGCUGUUCUCUGCCACUUCGGUCACAGCCUGCAGUGCUAUAACUGUAUCAACCCAGCUGGUAGCUGCACUACGGCCAUGAAUUGUUCACAUAAUCAGGAUGCCUGUAUCUUCGUGGAAGCCGUGCCACCCAAAACUUACUACCAGUGUUGGAGGUUCGAUGAAUGCAAUUUUGAUUUCAUUUCGAGAAACCUAGGGGAGAAGAAGCUGAAGUACAACUGCUGCCAGAAGGACCUGUGCAACAAGAGUGAUGCCACGAUUUUAUCAGGGAAAACCGCUCCGCUGGUGAUCCUGCUGCUGGUAGCAACCUGGCACUUUUGUCUCUAACUGUACACCAGGAGAGUUUCUCCUCAACUUCCUCUGUCUCUAUGUUCCUAUUUCCCGUGCUGCGGUGUUCCAAGGGCUGUGUAUGCUCCAGCUUCUUCCUGUUGGGAAGGACUAAACCUAGCUUGAGCACUUUGGAUUAGAGAGAGAAACUCUGAGUGACUUUGAAGACCAGGCCUGUUGGCAGAGAAGACCUGUCAGAGGGGAAACGUUUUAAGAGUGAAGCACAGGUGAUUUGAGCGAGGCUUAUGCUUAUGGUCCUCUGCUCUUGGCAGGACCAGCUUUGCGGUAACCAUUCGAAUAGAUUGUGAAGUCCUUAGAGCUAUCCCUCUGCUUCCUUGGAUGUAGUUAGUGGGAUCGGUAUUUUUUUUGGGGUGGGGGUGGGGGUGGGGCAGGGGGCUUCUUUUCAACAGUCUCUUUCAUAAGGAGUGGUUUAUUUUCACCUUUCAUGGCUCCUGUGUUGCCCAGGCAGGCAUGAUGGUAGUUCCAGGUAUAGGCUGUCAGGGAUGAUGAGAUUCCAGAUGUGCAGUGAUGGCCAUGACUGCUGUCUUCUCAACCAGUCGGGAUCUGGCUGGGAAGGAGACAAGCUUUCCAAAUGGCAGGCCUAUCUUUAGAAAGGUACCAGUGGCUGAAAUCUGAGUUUUCCUCUAUCGCUAAAUUUUAAGUUGGUGUUGCUGUCUUUCCCUAGAAAAACUCAAUAGCCUAAAUUUAAUGGUAUGUUAAAACAGUCCCUCCCGCUCCCUGCCUUUUUUAUCGGAGUGGUAGGAUAUUUUGGCUUUGUCAUACAUUCACAGUUAAAGACUAAACAUUUGAACAGUCUCCGCUACAUACAUCUGACUUGAGGUUAUUAAGUGUGCUUAUUUUAAAUGUUCCUGGGAGGAAGACUCUGUGUAUACAUAACAUAGAAAUGGAAUGGGAGGAGGCUUUGGGGUCGUAAUAUGCAACCUCCAAAUGUCACCAUGAGCGUAACAGUAACUGGUCUACAGGGAUGUAUUUCACCUGCUGACAUCCAUCCAGCCUGCUGACUCCUGGCUGAGUCAGCAUAGAUGGUGUCAGAUACAUGUGUAAGGGCUCUUAGCAUCAACACAAAGGUUGAGGUUUUUCGGAACCAUUAGGAGUUUCCUUAAAGCCUGAUACACCUUUGCAGGAGGGCAUAGUUUUUGCCUUUUUCUUGUGGGCAUCGAUGAAUAGUUUUCAAGAUCCAGUAGACUUAAUGACAUUUGUAUGCUUACAAUCUUAGCUGUAUACUAAUAUCAUAGCCUGACUUUUGCAGAUGAAGGUAGAAUUUCUGGAUUAACAUUAAAAAAACAAACAAAAAAAACC